AUGCUAGCAACUCGAACAUUCUCAGCUUUGGUGGUGGGCCUACUGUUAUCUGGCUCAUUGGCUUUACGAACACGUCAGUCCGAGGUACCUACAGACCUUGUACAGCGUGGUCUCGCAGCCAUUGGCAUCAAUCCCAACACCUCCGACGUGCGCAAUGUGAGGAUCAGUGGCUCUCAAUUCCGCACCAAGUCUAUCAUCACAACGAUAGCUCUUGAUGGCAUGGACCAAACAGUUGUGCCAUACGGUAGCCAGACGAUCACGUAUUCGUACGAGACAGGCAGUCUGAAGCAGCGCAUUGAUAAGGUUUCUGGCUUAGGGACUCUUUGGAUGUUUGCUCGACCAGAACUCGAACCUAUGGACUACUCCGUAGUGGUACAGGGUGGUGAUGACGCCUUUGCUGCUGUCGUCAGUGGCAGCUAUUCGCUUUUCAACCCAACGGCCGCUCCAGAGGGUUAUUUAGAUGGAUAUCUCGCGGCGUACAUGAUCUCUGACGGUCAAAAGUGGGAUCCGUUGCUGCUCAGCAAGAUAUCUGCAAACGACUCCACCCUCCGUUUCGAGCCGGUAGAAGGGGGCUUACUACUCCCAGCAGGUUGGUCAUCACCUAUCUUCCUUGUCACAACCUUUCUAACCAAAUUCUUAGUGUUUGACCAAGCAUUGAACGUGUCAAUCAUCUUCAACCCCGACACCUACCUACCCUUCGCUAUCCGCACAUACGAAGACCAUCCCUUCUACGGUCUCUCGACGAAUGAUCUCCGGGUAUACGACUACACCUCCGUUGACGGCCUCAUGAUACCCCGUCGUUACAAGACCAUGUACAACAACGAGCGCUUGAUAACCGACUUCCUCGCAGACGACAUAUCCGUCAACGUUGAAGUCGAGCCAUCAUUCUUCGAUGUCGUAGCCGAACGCGGUGAACUGAGUACACCCGUUGUUGACCCCGCCUUGACUGCUGAGAUCGGCGAGAAGUACGCCAACUACCUCUGGUUUGGGCGCAAUAACUACACCAUCGAAGAAUUUGAUGCGCAGCAACCAUACGCAGAUCUACCUGGAGUCUGGGUUGUUCGACCGCCAGGUGUAGCCUCGUAUCGCCAGAUCCUGCUCGAGACGGACACCUUCGUUGCUGUUCUAGAUGCUCCGGCUGAGAUUGUGGCGGUCUUGCUGGAAUGGGUUAGAAUUAAUAUCGGAAAGCCAGUGGCGCAGGUGUGGCCUACCCAUCAUCACCACGACCACGCUUUCGGCGUCAAGGGCUAUGUCGAGAAUGGAGCAGUAGUCGUAGCUCCAAAGAUGGCUCAGUCGUAUUAUGCUGAUAUCCCCGGCGUCAGCUUCGAGACCUUCGAACGCGGAGCGCCUUACAUCCUCGAGACCAGUGGUUUCCGGGCCGCCUUCAUCCAUGUUGAAGGCAGCAUUCAUGCCCAAGACCAUAGCGUCGCCGUCAUCAUACCAGCUUGCUCCACCGAGGAUAGCACUGUCGUUGUGUUUGACGCCGAUCACGUUGUCCAAGCUCAGCUCAUGUCAACGCACAACGACCACAACGAGUUGAGUCAACUGGUCAACGCUAUGGUGAAGCACCGUGUAGCGAAGUCUGCACUGUAA